AUGAUCCUCCAUGUGAAAUUCGCCCUGUACGCGCUGCUCAGCUCGGCAAUGGCCGCGUACAUGGUGUACGACGCGCUGUUGGAGCGGCCGAACUACUACUCGGCCGGAAUGAAGAUGUGUCGCGGGCCUCAUUUGAUGGCCAUAGGCAACUGGCUUCUUGUCAUGGCAAUCACCGUGGGGAAACUGCUUCAGGUGCUUCUGUUUGGCGAGCUGCGAAUCAUCGAGAUGGAACAUAUCUACGAACGGUCCUGGUUCAUGAUCACAAACAUGCUCAUGACUGUGGCCGUGCACCGCAAGGAGAACACUUUGCUGUUGGGAGUGCUGGCCAGCGGCCUGUUGUUUAUGAAAUGUUUCCAUUGGAUCCUCGAAGACCGUCUAGAGAUGCUCAUCCAGCAAAAAAGAACCCUCCGCAGCACCGUCUUCAAUAGAAACAUCGCCGUGCUGGUCCUGUUCAUAUACCUCGACAACAAGAUCGUCAGGUCCUGCAUCAACCGGUCGUUUAUCCACUCGGCCGACGUGUUUCUGAUCUUCGGGCUCGACUUCUUCGUGGUGUACCUCAACAUCCUGGAUUCAACAUGGAAUUUUGCAUUAAACCUGAUAGAACUGAUCUAUCUGAACCGGAACCCAGAAGAAGACGCGUGGGAGUCCAAAAUCUGGCUGUCCAAGAUCGGGUCCUUCAUUCUGAAUCUCAUCAAGGGAGUCUCUGUGCUGUUCCUCUUUGUCGGACUCAUCUACGCACACCGGUUGCCUGUCAACUUUGCAAGAGACAUGUACACCUCAAUUGCCCGGCUCGUGAAACAGUUCAAGGACAUCCUGUACCUGGUGAAGGCUGCCAGAAACCUCAAGAACAACGUCCUCAAUGCCUCCGAGUCCGAUCUCGAACGGGACGAUAUCUGCAUUAUCUGCAGAGACGAUAUGGAAAUUAUAGCUGAUAAGAACCAUCGAAUGGCGCCGAAAAAACUCCACUGUGGCCACGUUCUACAUUACGGAUGCCUGAAAAGCUGGCUUGGACGGUCUCAUGUUUGUCCUACCUGUCGCCGGAACGUGUUUGAAGACCGUCCGAAACAGAAGGAGAAAACAACCAUCAAUAUACCACGAAACGCGUUCAUUCCGCCGGACUGGACCGUGUUACCGGCCACCCGCGCAGGAAGCAACUCCUACACCAUCCAGGUCAACAGCCAGACGGUCGCUCAGCUACGGACACGUACUCAAAUAGAAUAA